CGCUCUAGCUCUAGUUCUCCGUAGUAUGACGGUGCCUCUGGUAAGCAUCGCAUGUCUGAAUUUUUUCCGGAUUUUUUUCAGAUUGACGGGUAAAAAUUUUUGCACAUCAAACUCGAACAUGGCAAAGAAAACUGCGAUUUUGCUGAUCGCCGAAGGAACCGAGGAAAUGGAAGCGGUAAUAACGGCUGACAUUCUAAGACGUAGCGGGAUUGCUGUCACAAUAGCUAGUCUAACGGACAAUCUCAAUGUGAAAUGUAGCCGUGAUGUUAGGCUCUAUGCAGAUACCAAGUUUGAUGCUGUUAAAAAUCAAAAAUACGAUGCAAUUAUAUUACCUGGUGGUUUAGGCGGAUCUAAAGCAUUUGCUUCUUCAACAGAGCUUGGAAAAUUAUUACAAGAUCAAGAAAAGGAAAACAGAGUAAUAGCAGCUAUUUGUGCAGCUCCUACAGCCUUGAAAGUUCAUGGCAUUGGCAAAGGGAAACAGAUUACUGCUUAUCCCUCAAUGAAAAAUGAUCUAGCAGAGUACUAUAAUUAUCUAGAAAAUAAAGUGGUGAUAGACGGCAAUCUAAUAACAAGCAAAGGCCCAGCAACUGCUUUUGCUUUUGGCUUGGCUAUCGUUGAGAAAUUGAUUGACAAAGAAACAGCCACUAAAGUAGCCAAAGCAGCGUUGUAUGAAGACUACAAAUAAAUUUAUUCAAACUUUA